AUGCGCAGAACGCAAGCGCUGUUCUUUGCAGCCACGCGAUGCGCAAGCCUACAUACUUCACGUAGACUCUAUUCCUCGCCGCCUAUCGUCAAAAUCGCCAAUGGCACAUUCUACCGCCAGCACCCUUCUUCAAAGGACAAUAACGCGUCUUCAAAUCCCCCACUGUUCCCGGACCUGACGCUAUCUCUACCCUCUUUCUCGACACCAAAUCAGCAUUGGGCGAUUUUGAGCCCGUCUUCCGACAUCCGCACCGCAUUUCUACAAAUACUUCGCGGCCAACUACUUUGUUUUCCCCCAACAGCGCGGUCUUUUCCUUACCUCCUCACUCCAGCCAUCGCCGAGGAAAGACCACGCCUCCGCUUCCCCGAGCGAGCCAUUGAGUAUGUGGGCUUCGACGUUGAACGGAAAGCUUUCGGUGGCGCCUAUCUAUCAGCACGGUAUGAGUCUCUGAGAGAAGAUACGGACUUCACUGUUCAAAGGUAUCUGACCGGUAUCGUAACGAUGAACCCUGGAGAAGAGGAACUAAAGGCAAAGAGUGUGGAUGAAGAGGAUAUGACGCGGGUUAUGCGUGAUUUAGAACUGGAGAGAUUCAUUGACAAACCAGUCAGCAUGCUGAGCAAUGGGCAGAGUAGACGGGCGAGGAUUGCGAAAGCGUUGUUGAGUAGGCCUGAGAUGCUUUGUUUGGAUGCACCAUUCAUUGGACUUGAUCCCAUCGUUACAAGGCAUAUCUCCAAGGUCUUGCACCGGCUGGCUGAAGCUAACGCACCUCGCAUUGUUCUCAGUCUGAGACCGCAGGAUGAAAUACCAGAAUGGGUUACCCAUCUCGUGUACGCGGGAGAGGAUGGAAAGGUCGAAAAGAUGGGGCUGAAGGAGGAGGUAUUAGGUCAUUCACAGACAAAUGGGCAAACUGAAAGCGCUGAGGACUACAAGUGGAGUUCCACCGGCGUAGAAACAGGCGAACCGGGACCCGAAAGUGGACGAGAAAACUCCGCAAGACCAGCUGAUGCGCCAAUACUGAGCCGCGAUGGCUACCGAAGUACCGACGAUUCUAUUCCCGAGAUUGGUGAAGCUAUCGUCGAAAUGCAAGGAGUACGGAUAGCCUACGGCCAGAACUCCGUCUUGGGAGAUUGGCAACAAGACGUCAACGGCUCAUCUCAAUCUGGGCUUCACUGGAAUGUCCAUCGCAACCAACGAUGGGGUAUCUUCGGUGCCAACGGUUCUGGCAAAACCACACUCCUCUCACUUGUAACAUCGGACCACCCACAGACGUACUCGGCGCCAGUCAAACUCUUCCAACGCUCGCGUCUGCCCGAACCCGGUGUCCGGGGUAUCACCAUAUUUGAAAUCCAGACACGAAUGGGCCAUGCGAGCCCGGAAGUCCAUGCCCUGUUUCCGAAGAGACUCAGAGUGAGAACGGUGUUGGAGAGUGCAUGGGCGGACACACCAAUUACAAAGCCAAGACUAGAUGAUGAAGCGAGGAAGAGAGUCGAAGCUUGCUUGAGAUGGUUUGAAGCUGAACUUAGGCCUGGCUUCAGUGGUGACGGAAGUGUGAGUCUGGAGUGGGCAUCUGACACUCUGUUCGGUGAGGUAUCGUUCUCCGCUCAACGGGUACUCCUCUUCCUUCGCGCCACGAUUCGGAAUCCUGAUAUAGUCAUCCUGGACGAGGCGUUCAGUGGCAUGGAUGACCUCGUUCGCGACAAGUGUCUUCUGUUUCUUAGUCGCGGUCAGGGUAUGGAGCUUGUAUCCUCCGACAGUGGCUUGAAACCGGUGAGAUGGGACGGUGAGGUCGUGGUACCAGGAUUGCAAGAGCAUCAGGCUCUACUGUGUGUUAGCCAUAGUAAGCAUGAAGUACCUGGGUGUAUACGAGAGUGGAUUUGCCUACCUGAACCAGGCACAGGUCCACCGAGGUUUGGUCGAUUUGAUGGGCCUGUGGAGCUAGAUGCGGGACGAUGGAAUGAAGUGUGGAAUGAAAAGCACUAG